AUGAAGACUCCAGUCGAGCGACAGCAGACGCCUCCAUGCUUGUAUCUCAUGACUCCACCUUCCACAGGUGGCAUGGUCAAACACGUUCGCUUCAACAGCAAGGCAGGACGCGCGGACAAUCCCAACGAAGGAGAAUCGCCUGGAGCCUUCUUCGAGGAGCUCGAGACCUUUGACGCCAAGGCUCCCGAUGAUAGUGAUGAGGGCGAGAGUACUUCUUCCGCGAGCGACACCACCCCCCCAUCUCCAUUCUCAGCAGGUUCCCUCAUAGCCAAACCUACAGCCCUCGAGAAGCACGACCCUUUUGCCUCUCUUGCCCUCACCAUCGACACUCCCACCGCCACCACCAUUGAACCUUUUCGGUUCAUGGACCUUCCUAUAUUCAUUCGCAACAACAUCUACACACAGCUCCUCAUCGUCCCCGGCCUCAUCUGUGUCCGCCAAAAGCAUACCCCCUUCCACGACGAGAAGAAGGCUUUCCUCUACGCUGAGCGUCGCGAGUUCCUCCCUGGUAUCGCCUAUGCGCUCGUCCACUUCCACGUCGACGGCCACAAGACCCGCUUCUCCCUCGUUGGUCGUACGAACAUCAACAUUCUUCGCGCUAACAAGGAUAUCUUCGCCGAGGCCAAAGCUGUCUUGUACAGCAAGAAUGCAUUCGAAAUCGUCAGGCCAACAAACGAACUCUCUCCCCCGCCUGACUAUAGUGUGAGACUGUUCCCUACUGGAUGUCAGCGUCUUGUCACAAAGCUUAACAUCAAGAUUCGUUCGUUCUACGAUCUACACUGGCUACUAAGUGGUGGAUACAAUGUUAUCAAGAACUACUACCGUAGCCUUGUCUCCCUUACUCUAAUCCUAGAGAUGGAUUCGACCCACAAGGGUUUCGGCAAGGCUUGGGCUAGAAACGGAGCCGAGGAGGAGUGGGAGAGCUACGUUCAGCGCCUUCGGGGUGAGAUGGCGAAAGAGUUGUUCAAGCAGAUGAAGUUCAACGACAAGCACACGAAUGUUGUUCCGACUUGGAUGAAUCUCCGUGUUCUAUUUUCAGGCGAGGGAUAUGACGAUAGCAUGGGCGCCGUCACUGAUGGCGGAGCUAUACAGCAGGCGAAGCAACACGAGACGAGGCAAGGUUUGACUGAGGCAUGGGAGUCGUUUAGGAAAGGUGGAACAUAG